AAAAGCCCCUUGGUCCGCUUCCGCUUCGGCUGCCGGGGCUUCUCUUUUCAAAGGAAAGCGGCCAUGAGGUAGACCCAACGACCCCUCGUGAGGGGAAGCGAUGGGCAUCAUCCUGGCAAAGCGGGAGGAGGAGCGCAACGUGUUCAAUCAGACCCGCGCACGCGCCGCUGCUUACCUCGAGAAGUGCAGGCCCGACUACAUCGAGGACGAUGUGCUGUUGGGCCUUGCUCCUGCCGAUGAGGACGCUGAAGAGAAGGAUGAGGAGGAGGAUGCAGAGGAGAAGGCGGAGGAUGACAUUGACCUCGAUGCCGAUGAGGAGGAUGAGGACAAAGAGGAGGACGAGAAGAAGCUCAUGGCCGAGGCCAGCUCCAGGGCCAAGGAGCGCGUGCAAGCGGAGCUCAAGAAGUUUCGGCAGGCGGCUGUCAAAGGCAAUAGGUGGAAGCUCUUGCAGAUGACCCGCUCUCCGCAUUUGGCCAUCGACUCCCCAGACCAGUACGGGCGCACUGCCCUUCACCUAGCCUCGGAGCACGGGCAGCACCGGGCGGUGGAGAUCCUUCUGGGGGCGCGCUCACGCCAUGAUAUAAAGACCAAGAUGGGCUGGACCCCGAUGCACAUCGCGGCUUUCCAUGGCCAGGUGGCCUGUAUCAAUCUUUUGCUGCAGUCCACGGCGGAUGUGAACGCCAAGGAGAAGCACGGCUGCACCCCGCUGAUGUUUGCAUCCUCAUCUCCAAAGCUCUACAUGGUGGACUUGGUCUCAAAGAAAGACCGAGCAAGGAGGCUCAAGGCCCGCCAAGACGCGCUCAAGGCACUCAGGGAGCAGGAAGAGGAUCGCCUUGAUGCGGACCUCGCAGCUGGCCUCGGCAAAGAGAUGGGCGCCGGCAGCAUCCAGACCACCGCCCCCAACGUGGUGUGGAAAUUCUAUCCCAACCGCAUCGAGAUACUGGUGCUGAACGCCCUGCUCUCAUCGCCCAAGAUCAAGGUGGACGCCUUCGACGCGCGGCGGCGCACGGCGCUGCUCUACGCGGCGCGGUACGGGCGCACCUUCGCGGUGUCGCGGCUGCUGGACGCGCGGGCGAACAUAGGCUUCGCGGACCGCGAAGGCCAAGUGCCGCUCUUCGCGGCGGCCUGCAACGAGCACCUGGACACCGUGGAUCUCUUGCUGCGGGCGGGGGCCAACAUCAAUACCACGGACCAGUACUUCCGGACACCUCUCCAUGGGGCUUUGGAAGAUGGCGACGAGAGCAUGGCCAACCUCCUGCUGAAAGCUGGCGCCAGCGUGAACGCGUACGACUGUGAGGGUCGUACGCCCAUCAUGCUGGCCAUGGACAAGGGGAACAGGCGAUUGUUCUCCAAGAUUGUCGAGAAGAAGUCGAACCUGGACGUCUUGGACAAGAGAGGAUGGAACGUGGUCAUCUAUGCCAUCGAGACACAAAUGUUGACAGAUGUGUACCCACUUCUCAUGAAGCUCAACAAGAACGCGGCCAUCAUCUUGCGCGCCCGAGAUCCUCAGGGCUUGAACGCCUUGCACCACGCCACGCAGCUCGCGAACGCGGAGCUGUCCACGAAAUGCGUCCAGCAGCUGGCGAACCUCGACUUCGAGGCUGCGAGCAUUGGGGACUGCAACGGGGACACCGCCAUCCACUCGGCGGCCGAACGGGGGCGAUUGGAGGUCUUGCGGAUCUUCAUCGACCGCCUGCCCUCGCUCGACUUCCUCAACAACCGAGGAGAGACGCCGCUUCACUACGCUGCGCGCGGGGGGCACAUGGCCUGCGUGGUGGCGCUGCUGCACGACGCGGGGCGCCAGGCCUCCUGCGACGCGGGGGCCAUCGACUCCAAUGGUUGGAACCUGCUGAUGCACGCCUGCGUGUCCGGCCACCUGGACUUGGUGAACCUCUUGCUCCAGAACCGCGAGGGCCAGCAUCCAGAUCUCGCCUUCACACCGCUGGACGUGAACCACGCGGACUUGGGGGGGGUCAACGCGCUCUGCGUGGCUGCCAGGGAAGGGCACUGGCAGCUGUUGCCCUCACUGGUACUGUCCGGCUCCAACACUGCUGCAAAGGAUCGUGACGGCUUCACGGCGGUGCACUGGGCAGCCAUGGAGGACGAAGCUUUGACCAUGAAGGCCUUGCUGGACUUGGGCCUCGAUGCGAAUGCCAAGGACUUCAAGGGAUGGACUCCCUUGAUGCACGCCUGCGCCCGCGGAGCGGAUGAAGUGGUCCGCGUGCUUGUUGACUUCUCUGCAGAGAUCGAUGCCCGCAAUUGGGACGGCGACACGGCGCUGCAGAUCACACAGCGGCGGCGAGAUCCGCCAGACGUGGUGGCUGUGACGAAGGACAUCCUGCUGGAUGGCAUCAUGACGAGCGCUGAGCCCGCCAAGGGCUCGGUGAAGGCUCAUGGGCACAUGAUGGUCUCUGUCCUGGAGGCGACUGAUCUAUACCUGGAGGGCAAAACUGGCUUUGUGAAUGCCUACGUGAACCUUCAGCUUCGAACCCAAAACGGCGCACGACCCCAGGCGGCCUUUACCUCCUGCGUGCUGCAGAACUCAUCUCCCGAGUGGCACGAGGUCUUCCGCUUCGACACCCUGCGCUUGGAUCCCACCGCGGUCUUGGUGGCCUGGGUGGUCGCGGCUCCCGGGGAGAACGUGAAGGAGGUCAUGGACGGAGCCGCCCUGGGACUGGAUGAGGAAGAGCUGCAAAACCUCUCGCACAUGGAGGCGGUCACUGGAAAGACUUUGCACCAGGAGAAGCCGCAGUUUACCUCCGCCCUCCAGGAGUCGUUCCAGCGCCUCAUGAAACGAGCAGACCGCGAAGAGGAUUCCGAGGUGAUGCGUUUGCGCAAGCUGGCGAUGGCUCAGCUCACUGGUACGGAGCCCACAGAAGAUCUGAAGUUCUCUCAGAAGCAGGUCAAGGGGGAGGGCGGCCUGGCUCUCACCGAGCGGCGCUGGAACGAGGUCUCCAAUCUCCGCGAGGUUCUGGCCCGCAGUGGCUGCGACGUGCCUGAGCCGCUGGUACCCCGAACCCACCUUCCGCUGGGCUGCGUGGUGGUGCGCUACCGACACCUGCGGCAAGCCGUGUGGGGCAGCGAGCCCGUCACGGUGGUCCGCACCCUGCGCCUCAGUUGUCGUGGGAGUCUCCGCGUCCAGAUCGACUUUCGGCCUCGGUUCUUCGAGUGCAAAGAGGAGGAUCGCGCGAAGCUGCUGUCCCCCGAGGAGGAGGAUGAGUUGUACCGGAUCACGCCCGGCACAGAAGAGGACGAGAAGAGAGAAGCUCUCAUGUGGCAGGAAGAUAUGGAGAAGAAGAAAGCUGACAAGGAGCGGCUCAGCCUUGACCUGGUGGGCAAGAUCAAGGCCAAGCAAGUUGUCCUCAGCGCUGACGAGGCUUUGGAGCGUGCGAAGAGGAUCCGGCACAUGCGAGAUCCCGAGGUGCUCCUGCGGCGCUUUCAGCAAGUCUCCCACUGGGCCAGCUCUGUGCUUAAGAUCCGCGAGGAGUUCCGCAACGCCGAAGUGGAGCGGGCGCGGCAAGCAGCGCGGCAAGCGGAGCUCUUGGCCAGUGAAGCGAAGAAGGGCGACAACCACGACAAAAACAAAGUCCGGACUGUGGGCCUCACCUCCAAGAUGAAGACCUAUGUGCGGACCAGAUACAAGGCGUGGGCUGAGGAGAAAGCCUUCAAAGAGAGGGCGCUGGACCAACCCAUCGGCUCGGUCGACAUGGGGGAGAUGCUGAAGUUGAAGGCGGUGCCAGGGGUACCGGUGCCAAAGAAAGUGCCGGCGCCCCACAUUCCGAGACUGAAGGCGGAGCGUUGGGUCGAGGACUUUUUAGACGGAUCCCGCAUGAUUUGAGAGCGCAACAGAUGCUUGGCCCAUCCGUCCGGCAGGAAAGGCGGCCACGGGUUUGAGAUC